UAUUCAUAUUCAUAAAGUGCAUUUAAAUUCAAACCAAAGCCAACGGUCAAUUACUUUCAAAAACCUCUCCCACUCUUCACUCUCUUCUCUUCAAUCCCCACAAUUCUCGAAAACCUGUCUUAAAAAUCCAAUUUUUCUUCUAUCAAUGGCCGCGUCUUCUCUUUGCUACCCAUCCAACGAUCCAAAAACCCCCAACAAACCCUCAAACAACCCCAUUUCAGCUUCCAAGGUUAGGGUCAUAGUUAGGGUUAGACCCUUUCUUCCUCAUGAAUUCACAUCAAGCAGCAACCGAGUUUCUUGCAUUUCACUUUUGGAUCAAGAUUCUCAAUCUCAAGAUGAAGUAGCAGUUUAUCUCAAAGACCCAUACACCAGUCGGAAUGAGUGUUAUCAAUUGGACUCUUACUUUGAUCAAGAAGACGACAAUGUUGCUCAGAUUUUCGAAACAGAAGUAAGCCCCAUGAUGCCUCAUAUCUUCAAUGGAUGCAAUGCGACUGUGUUUGCUUAUGGGGCUACUGGAAGUGGAAAGACAUAUACUAUGCAGGGAACUGAAGAACAUCCUGGCUUGAUACAUCUAGCAAUGUCAAAUAUCAUUUAUAUUUGUCAAAACACUGGAAGCACAGCACAUCUAUCAUACUAUGAGGUCUACAUGGACCGAUGUUACGAUCUCUUAGAACUAAAAGCAACUGAGAUUUCAGUUUUGGACGACCAAGAUGGUCAAAUUCAUCUUAGGGGACUGUCUCAAGUUCCUGUACACACAAUGUCUGAAUUUCUAGAUGUUUUUGCCAGUGGUGUUCAAAGGCGCAAAGUUGCACAUACAUGCCUCAAUGAUGUAUCCAGUAGGAGUCAUGGAGUGCUUGUGAUAUCUGUAGUAUCUACUCCUGAUGAGACAGGAAGAACUGUAUGUGGAAAGCUGAAUCUCAUCGACUUGGCAGGUUACCAUCCACUCAAUUGGGAUAAUGGAUUUGAUUUAUUGCAAGCAACCGAAAGUGGUAAUUUGUUUAAGGUUGAUGCAGGUAAUGAAGAUAACAGAAGGAGCUGCAGUGAAGGGAUACGUCUUCAAGAGAGUGCUAAGAUAAAUCAGUCCUUGUUUGCGCUCUCGAACGUGAUAUACGCGUUGAACAACGACCAAACAAGAAUACCCUAUAGAGAAAGCAAAUUGACCCGUAUAUUACAAGACUCUCUAGGCGGAACGAGUCGUGCGCUGAUGGUUGCUUGCCUGAAUCCAGGAGAAUACCAAGAAUCUGUUAAUACUGUUGGUUUGGCUGCUCGAUCAAGGCAUGUCUCUAAUUUUGUACCUUCAGCUCAUAAACUUGAGACGCCAAAAGCUAAUGUGGACAUGGAAGCCAAAUUGAGAUCUUGGCUAGAAUCAAAAGGCAAGGCAAAGACCUCACAACAAAGAGUUGGGCCAUUUAAAUCUCCAAUUUUGAAAAAAACUCCAAGUUCCAUCAUGACAUCUGCUAAGAAGUCAGUUACUUUCUGUACUUCAGUAAAGGUGGAAAGAACUUACAUCAACCAAGAUGCUCCAAAUACUACUGAAAGGACCUUUGCCGAGACUUUUAGAAAUUUGAUAGAUGAUGAAGCUGCUUUUGAUUCUUUCAAGGAGAACAAUCAUAGGAGAGAGAUUGAGCAUGAGGUCAAUAAGUCUGCGUUGGAGACGUAUCGAAAUCUACCCGUUGAGCCAUUAAGCAAAGGGGUGAACUCGCAAAUUACAAAUGUGAGUAAAGGUGCAGUACUACAAAGUCCAUCAAGAGAAGCCCUCAUCCCUAUCAACAUCGAUGCUAACUCCACUUUGACACAAACGCCUUUUUCUGCAACCUGCUCCACUAACAAUGAAUUGCAGCAAAAUGGAACUCCACUUGACAAAUUCAGUGCACGAAGUUCUGCAAUGAAGAACUGUCUAGUUCAAGAAUACGUUGAUUUGUUAAAUAAUGCAAGCAGAGAGGAACUACUAGAGCUAAAGGGCAUAGGAGAGAAAAGGGCGGAAUACAUAAUAGAACUCAGAGAAGAAAGUCCACUAAAAUCGUUAAGUGACUUGGAGAAAAUUGGUCUCUCUUUGAAGCAGGCUAAGAACCUGUUCACUAAGUCUGCCAAAAAGCUCUUUGAAUAUAAAGAAGAAGAUUCAACAAUGGAUUAACUUCCAUUCUAAAUAGUAUAACAUUGUGUGUGUGAUUUUCAUUUUCAUGGCCUUUAAGCUAAGAUCUAAGUGUAGUUCCUUAAUGUGCGAUUUGUAGCAUUGUUGCCACUAGCAACAUAUUUCAGCUUGUUGUAUGUUAGUAUAUUAGAAUAACAAGUGCUUAUUUCAGCUUGUUGUGUAUUAUUAUUGUAAGCAGACAAGACAGCACCAAAAUAUUUUACCCCGCAUUAACAAUAAAGUGUGAUUCUUUCUUUCAA